AUGUUUUCCUUGUCUAUGAUGGUAGGCUUGGUUCCCAUCGUGUCCCUCUUUGGUUUGUUCUACUCUGCUGCAAUGGAUGAAAACUUUCCUCAGGGCUGCACGAAUAGCAACAAUUUGUGCUUCUACAGUCUGCUGCUACCCAUCACCAUCCCUGUCUACGUCUUCUUCCACCUGUGGAGCUGGAUAGGAAUUAAGCUCUUCAGGCACAAUUAAAUUUUGAUGUGGUGUUUAACAAUGUUGUAUAAAUUAGUGACACCCUG